UCUUUCUUUCUAUUUUAACGUCACACUUUAAAGCACAUUGAGCUGCAUUUUAAACACAUGAAAGAUGCUUUAUCAUUAUUAUUAUUAUUAUUAUUAUUAUUGUUGGUUGUUGUAAGGGAAAUGAGUUCAGUUCUAGUUUUCAGUGAUGUUUUUUCCCCGCUUUGCUUUCUGCCCUUUUUAACACGUGGUUGUAGAUCGUAGUGAUUAUAAUAAAGUUAUUGGGAGGAAGCCGGUGGACGCUUAAUUGGCCAGCGUUGUUAAAACUGUUCAGUUGAACAGGAGUAAACAGUAUAAAUGCACGAAGGGCGCCUCGCACAUCGAUCUGUGUGUUCUGUUACUCUGUUUAACAUGGAAUAAAGGUGGUAGUCAAAUCUACUCCUACAGUAUGUGCAAGUGGUCUAACCGUAUUCUUAUUGAUCUGUCUGCGGGGGAAUAUCGGCCCAAGCUUACCUGCAGCUAUUAUUUUUCUUCUCCGUAAUCAUUUCUUAGUUCGCCGCAGCACAACACGGACCUGUCUAAAGUGGUAUUUACACUUAUUAUGCAGGUUUGAGGCAAACCUGAUUAGUGUCUUUUAAGAGUGUUGCCUUUAACUGGCCUCACUUCCCAGCGUGUUACAGGACGUGCGUGGUACCAACACACGCUGAUUGCGAAAAAUGCAAAUGCGACGUCUGUACUGUGUAAUUAGGGCAAAAAAAGGGAGCAUUCAUGUAAAAUAAAUGAGCCAUUGAAAGGAGUUUAUUGUACAUGAGAGGCUUGAUGCUGUGUGUAAGAUUUACAUUUACAUGUGCUCAUAUGGCUGAUGAUUUUAAUUCACAGUAAACGUACGAUUGAGGCAGGACACAAGUGAGUAGGUGAGAGUUAACUUUAAAUAUAUUGGCCAGAAGAAUGAUGGUACAGACGAGUUAACCCUGAAUUUCCCAAACUAGGGCUCGUCUGAUUUACAAAUGGAGUCACGAGAGAAACGAACAACCUCUUCUUUUUGUUUUAUUCGUUUAUUUACUCUAAGUGUUAUAGCGAUGGUCAGGCUCCAGACAGUUUCUGUCGAAUAAGCAUUCACACUAAGGUUUUUGUAAAUUAAACAUGCAUAAAAGAGAUGCAACCCAUUUAGAAAAUUACACUUGUAUUUAUAUCAAGUCCGCUACAUUCAGUGCAUUUUCUUCAAAAAAUAAAUGAAUUGUGGCUGGAGUUAGAGUUAGUAAUUGUCCCAAAACCUUGCAAAUCCACAGGCACUGAAAAAAUACAAAAGAAAGAAGGAAAAAAAAACUUCAUUGGUUCGCUUUGAUUUCAAGCCUUCAAUCAAUAAAACAAAAUACACGUAUGGGACAACCUUGGCACAUUCGUAACUUAAAUAACUCAAAACGAAAAGUAAUCUAAAUGACAUUUUUGUGUGCUAAUAUAUAAUAUACUGAAAUGUUACUGGAAGUCGCAUUCAAGCAAUCCACGUGCUAUUUUCGUGUUUUGUGCUCUCUUUCCAUCCAACUUCACUAGUUUCUCAACAACAUUAAUGACUCUGACCCUAGUGGAUCAACAGAAGUCACAAAUACAAAACUAUGCAGAAAAUAAUGGAUUUGCAAGCGAGAUGAUGUUAAUGGGGGGGAAAAACAAAACGCCAAGGCUUGGGGUUGCAGAAAAUUCAUAAUGUUCACGUGGGCUCGCUUUCCCGAAAGCUCUGGGAACCGCCGAGUUUACUGCUAACAAAUAAUAAUGCGGAUCUCGAGCUGGUUACUGAUGUCUGUUUCAAUUGAAAAUCUUUUAUCAUCACUUACACAAGGUGAUCAAUCUGAUGAAUUUAUUUUAUCAUCAUUAUGCUUUACUAUUUUUUUUAUUAUUUUUGGUUGUGUAUGCAUCUCACUACCCUAGAGUAUUGUGAUUUUUUUCUUUUUAAAAAAAAAAAAGACAACAUGAUUAUGUGUGUGAUGUGGUGUAUUUCUUAUCCAUCUGUAAUAAUUAUCCUGGCUGUGAGGUCAUAUCAUGAGAUUAUUUAAUAAUUUUUGUUAUUAAUUAAUGGCCAUGUAGAAUAUCUGAGCUUUAUAUUCACUAUAGUGACUGCAAACACGAGUGGCAAGACACAUUAAUAUCACCUCAUGAAGCGAAAGAUUUGUGUGGACGUGUAUUUUUCUUACAAAGUAUCAACUUUGUGACAAACUUACCAUCUUACAAAUUUUGCAACCCUACAACUAACAUUAAAGUAUCGGCACCCUGGGCUUUGUUUGGGUCUCUCAUCCUCCACCCAGUAAGAGCCGUAGGAGAAGGACCACCACCGCCAUGCGCAUUUUAAAAUAGACCAUAUGCACAUAUUUCUUUAUUCAUGUCAGGCCAAAGAAGAUCAGAUUUUGAUUAGUUGAACACUGUUGCGAUUGAUGUUAAUGAUAUAUAUAUAUAGAGAGAGAAAUGGAUAAGUGUGUGUACACUGAUCAGCCGUAACAUUAAAACCACCUGCCUAAUACUGUGUAGGUCCCCCUUGUGCUGUCAAAACACCUCUGACGCGUCGAGGCAUGGACUCCACAAGACCUCUGAAGGUGUGCUGUGGCAUCUGACACCAAGAUGUUAGCAGCAGAUCCUUUAAGUCCUGUAAGUAGCGAGGUGGAGCCUCCAUGGAUCAGACUUGUUUGUCCAGCACGUCCCACAGAUAUUCGAUUGGACUGAGUUCUGGGGAAUCCAAGUCAGCACCUUGAACUCUUUGUCAUGUUUCUCAAACCAUAAAAACUUGGUCUGUAACAAUGUUAAGGUAGGUGGUACGUGUCAAAGUAGCAUCCACAUGAAUGCCAGGACCCAAGGUUUCCCAGCAGAACAUUGGCCAGAGCAUCACACUGCCUUCACCAGCUUACCUUCUUCCCAUAGUGCGUCCUGGUGCCAUCUCCUCCCCAGGUAAGCGAUGCACCCACCUGGCUGUCUACAUGAUCUAAAAGAAAACAUGAUUCAUCAGAUCAGGCCACCUUCUUCCAUUGCUCCAUGGUCCAGUUCUGAUGCUCACGUGCCCAUUAUAGGCACUUUCAGCAGUGCACAGGGGUCGGCAUGGGCCCUCUGACCGGUUUGCGGCUACGCAGCCCCAUACGCAGCAAGCUGCACUGCACUGUGUGUUCUGAUACCUUUCUAUCAGAGCCAGCAUUAAGUUUUUCAGCAAUUUGUGCUACAGUAGCUCUUCUGUGGGAUCGGACCAGACAGACAGGCCUUCACUCCCCACAUGUAUCAAUGAGCCUUGGGCACCAAUGACCCUGUCGCCGGUUCACCAGUUGUCUUUCCUUGGACCAGUUUUGGUAGGUACUAACCACUGCAUACUGGGAACACCCCACAAGACCUGCUGUUUUGGAGAUGCUCUGACCCAGUCAUCUAGCCAUCGCAAUUUGGCCCUUAUCAAAGACGCUCAGAUCCUUACACUCAUUUUUCCUGCUUCCAACACAUCAACUUCGAGAACUGACUGUUCACUUGCUGCCUAAUAUAUCCCACCCCUAGACAGGUGCCACUGUAAUGAGGUAAUCAAUGUUAUUCACUUCACCUCUUAGUGGUUUUAAUGUUAUGGCUGAUCUCUCUCUGUGUGUGUGUUUAUAAAUAUGUGUUUAUUUAUUUUUAAUGUGGUAUUUUAGCCUACUCCUUAAUGAUAUCACAACAGACUAUUUCAUACAUGGCGUGGAAUCUCAGACAAGCAGACAAGUGUUGCAUCAUUCUUAGACAUUCAGGGAAGUUUUCUAACAAAAAAAUACCACAUGUUUCUCUGCAUAUUUUAGGAUCACUGACUUGUAGCAGAUUUCACUUCCUCAUCCCAAACCACCAUGUCACAUGAAUCCUAGUGUUGCUCCACCUUUCUACCGAUUUUAUUUCACAUCUGAAUUUGUGCGUAAGAGAAUGUGAUGAAAGUGUGAAGGAAGAAGCCCUACAUAUUGCAUAUGAUUUGGUAAAAAGUGGAAUAUGAACAAAGAGGAUUCACGUACUCUUUACAUAUUUCUUUACAUUAUUUUUUACAAUAACAAUAGUGUUAUCUGGUUUUGGGUAGUUAAUAGAUGGUUUAAGGGAUCAUGUAAAUAUACAGCAGAGUAUCCUAAACUGGACCUGGGUUGUAGGCGACAUGUCAACAACUUCAACACGAUUUAUCAAGUUACUCAGAGGAUGUAACUUAUACCACGUGUACCAUCAAAUGUUACCGAUUUUAGCGCCUUUGGCUAAACAUCAUGAUCGUGAAGAAUGCUGUUGUAAGAAUUCCUCAUUACUUUUACAAACGUGAAAUAAUAUCUUUCAUUAAGUAACUUGGAGUUGCUUAAUGACCAUCAGUUAGCACCCAAAACUUCAGACCUGUCUGUUGAAGCAUUCGUAAUGCUGGAUCUCUGCAAGUGUUCGCAGCUCACUGAUGUCUCCAGGCUGUUUUUUUUUUUUCUUUCUGCUGCAGCAUGUGGUCACCCCAGUAGCUGAUUAACUUAAAUCCCCCUCUCCACCCACUCCUAUGCAUACAAGUCCACAACCGCGCCCUUAUAAACCCAAAACUGCAUUGACGUGAAGGAGUUGAGCCUGCAGGCGUUCUGCAUGGUGCUGUAGAAGAGCAUUUUUAAGGCUGAUCAUCUCUGUCCUUCUGCACGACUCCUUCUCCCGUCCAGACGCAUCUUUGGAUGAAAGUUUCAGAACAGAGUGAAGAGCUGGGGAAGACGUCUUUGGAUCAGGACCGGGGCCAAAGCGGCGGGCCGUAGUUUUACGUGGUCUUGAAGUGAAGAGACGAUGAGAGUUCACGUGCACACCAAGUUUUGCUUUCUCUGCGUCUUCACCCUCCUGUUCCAUCAAUGCACUCAUUGUCAUGAAAGCGGCCACCACCACCACCACCACCACCACCACAGUAAUGGUCACGACCAUGACCAUGACCAUGACCAUGACCACGACCAUGUCCACAAUGACCACCAGAUAUCAAGGGAGUCUUACGUAGGUCCACCAGAUCAACCGGUGCCCAGCAACAAGAAAGAAGCCGCAGAGCAGGAGCAAAAGUACUACAUUCAGCAGCUGUUCCGCCGCUACGGCCAGCAGGACCGGCUCGACUUCCAAGGCUUCCAGAACCUGCUGCUGAGCUUGGGGCUAGGUGAGGUGCGAGUGGUGGAGCUGGAUCAUGACAACCUAGGCCAUGACCAUGUGGCCCAUCUGGACCUUCUGGAAGUGCAGGAAGGACUGCAUUCGCAUUCAGCUGGUCACUCACACUCACAUCCGAAGCACUCCCAUCACAACCACCACCAUCACUCCCAUGGAGAGGCUGAUGGAAGCUCAUGUAGCCCCAGUCUCACUGCAGUAGCCGGACCUACUGUAGAGAGCAAGCCUCGUGGACGGAAGGGCAAGGAUGGUGGCCACGAUCAUGACCACGAUCAUGACCACGAUCAUGACCACGAUCAUGACCAUCAUGUACAUGAUCAUAAACCUGAGCAUGGCAAUACUCAGACUAAUCAAAGUGUUGAUCAUGACCACACGCAUAACAGUCACGAACACUCACAUGGUCACUCACAUGACCAUGACCAUGACCAUGACCACGAUCAUGAACAGGACAAUACUCAGACUGAAACACCUGACCAUGACCAUACACAGGACAGUCUUGGGCACUCACAUGUUCACUUGCAUGACCACACAAAGGGACACAGCAAUGCGCAUACACAGGAAACCAAUGACCUUGCUGGAACAUCUUUAGAGAGCACCUUCCCCAGUAGCCAUGAAGAUAAGACACAGCCUCAUCAUCAUGUCCAUCAUCACCAUAAAAACCCCCACCCUCACCACUACCACACUCCAGACACCACAAACCAGAUGAUCCCUACACAAACGACCUUGACGUCCCUUCAGCUUAGCAAUCCUGAGGCACACGCUCUCCAGCCCUCCAGUCAGCCUCUUAACUCAACGCCUAAGAGGAACAGGAGGCCACAAAAGGGUAAAGGACAGCAUGGACGAAGCAGAACGCCUAAACCUACCACCAGCUCUGUGGUGGACGAUAGUGGGAAUGUCCAUGAGCAUGAUCACGAUCAUGACCACCAUUUGCACCAUCAAGGACAGUCCAAAGAAAAACGUGCAGUACCGGAAGAGAUGAUGAACCCAAACUCAUCCUUGUCUGCUCGGUUUGAAGACAUGCCUCACCAACAUGAGGAGUGUCUAAAUCUCACCCAGCUGCUGCACCACUAUGGCCUGAGUCCCGACUCGCUCAUUUCCCCAACACAGUUCACCUACCUGUGUCCUGCCCUGCUCUAUCAGAUAGACAGUCGCCUCUGCAUCCGCCAUUACCACCAGGUCCACGUUGAGGAAGCGCCUCAGUCCACAGCAUGGAUCUGGGUGUGGGGCUUCGUGUCCAUCACUGUAAUCAGCCUGCUGUCCCUGCUGGGCGUCGUGCUGGUGCCCAUCCUCAAUCAGUCCUGCUUCAAGUUCCUGCUCACCUUCCUGGUGGCGCUGGCAGUGGGCACGCUGAGCGGCGAUGCCCUCCUCCAUCUGCUACCUCACUCUCAAGGAAGCCAUGACCACAGUCACGGUGAGCACGAACAUGCAGAUGAGGACAUGGACCUGCUCACGGAGUUUGACGGCGUGUGGAAGGGUCUGACUGCGCUGGCAGGAAUCUACCUCCUGUUCAUCAUCGAGCACUGCAUCAGGAUGGUCAAACAUUACAAAGAACACGGGGGUAACUUCUGUCGGAGGAAAAAGAGAGGCGAGGAUGGGAAGAUUGGGAAGAAGCUGUCCGAUCACAAACUAAACAGGCGCUCAGAUGCGGAGUGGAUGCAUUUAAAACGUUUAGAUGAUGCUUCCCAGAGCGACACUCCGAUGAUGGAACCGCAGCCUCCAGAUUCUCCCAGCAAGGCUCCACUGGCCAUUAUGGACACGGAGCUCCCUGUAGCCGCUGAGGAAAACAGCAAAAAGGCAAAAACAAAGAAGCACGGCCACGGCCACAGCCACUCGCAUCACGACCACUGCCACUCAGAGAAGGACAUGAAAGACGCCGGCAUCGCUAGCAUAGCCUGGAUGGUCAUCAUGGGAGAUGGCAUGCACAACUUCAGUGAUGGGUUGGCUAUAGGUGCUGCGUUUAGUGCCAACAUUACAGGGGGUAUCAGUACAUCUGUUGCUGUCUUCUGCCAUGAAUUACCUCAUGAACUGGGUGACUUUGCGGUGCUGCUGAAGGCCGGUAUGACAGUAAAGCAGGCUAUUGUGUAUAACUUGCUGUCAGCUCUCAUGGCCUACUUUGGCAUGGUGAUUGGCACAGCCGUGGGUCAGUACACACACAACGUCACAAGCUGGAUUUUCGCCAUCACUGCUGGCAUGUUCCUCUACGUGGCCUUGGUAGACAUGUUGCCUGAGAUGCUGCACGGCGAUAGUGAAGAUAAUAAACGCUGCCAGCUGGGACACUUUGUCUUGCAGAACGUUGGCAUGCUCACAGGCUUCGCCAUCAUGCUGCUCAUCGCCAUCUUCGAGGACCGCAUCGUGUUCGACUUCGGCUUCUAGCUUCAUCUCCACGUCAGCAACGUCCUCUUCUGAAAACAUGGCACGAAGCGUCCUUGUGUUUUCAUUUGCUCUCCAAGAGGGCCUCGGUGGCUUAUGGUGGACAUGCAGACAAGAACAUUUACAAUUUGGCUAUAUUUCCCUCCUUAUUGAGUAAACCCGAGUAAGCACAAUCCAGAUGCAGAAACGCAGGCGUCCCCCCCUCCCUCUCUCUCUCUCUCUCUCUCUCUCUCUCUCUCUCUCUCUCUCUCUCUCUCUCUCUCUCUCUCUCAGUCUUCAAAAGCUCAAAGAGCAUCUCCCAGUGCUUAUCUUUACAUGUGUAUCAGUAUGUGAACAUCCUCUAAAUAUCACUACAUAUCAGAAGGAAGUUCCAGAAUUGAAGGAGUAUCCCUUUAAUUUAAUGACGGACAGACUGUUGAGAGAAGCAGCUAUCGCAGCCAGCCAUCCCUCUGAGUGUAGUCGUCCAGUAAUAAGAGUUGUGUUUCCAUUUGUAGUGCACUUACGGGCCUCUUCAUGAAGAAAUGUGACGUCUCUUGCUGUGUUGUGUCUCGUGUUGUCCAACCAUCAUCGUGCUAAAGCACAAGUCAAAGCCGCAAACUUCUCCAGCGUUUAAAAAAAAAACAAAAAAAACAAAAAAACUGUACUGAGUAUGAAUGGCAGCCAUUGUUUGCGUAGUUGCGUAGAUUUGCCUGCUUUUCAUUAUGCUGUAGUAACUCUACUGUUUAUAGGUGGAGGAAGCGCACUACAUUUAUCACUCUGUUCAAAUCCUUCCAUCAGCAAAUCCUGUAAAGCCAUCAGUUGCCAUCCAUUUCAGUAUUAGUCCAAAAAAAAAAAAAAAAAGUGAACAGUGUUUUGAAGCAAGGUUAGAAUGAUGUAACAGCCAGGUCAAGCUAGUAUUUUGUUAGCUACGAGUUGUUGGAUCAGCCAGAUCCCAACACGAGAUAUUUAUUAGAUUGUUUCAUUCGUCAAGCUCUCAUUUUUCUCAUUGCUACACAGCGCAUUGUUUUAAAUAUACACGUUCAUGCAGUACAUCCAGGUGACCAUUUUUUUCAUCAGUUUACUGUUGUGUGUCUGCAACGUUCAUUACUGUAAUUAUGCUCUUUGUUUCAGCUUGUUAUUCUGGUCAAAUCAAGGUGUUACACUUGGCCCAGGGUGCUGAAUCUUUCAUCAUGACACACAAUCAGAAACAGUUCUUUGACAGCAGUUAGUAGAUUUAAUGUAAAUUCAGCGAUGUAUCUUUCUGGCUUCUUUGACAAUCCAAACUCCACGGUUCAGUAUCCAAACUCCAGGUUUGAUUUGCACUUGCACAGAUGUUUCAUUUCCUUGUAAUCUAAACAAAUGGUGGAUUUUUUUUUUUUUUUUUUUUUUUGCUGCAGUAUGUGAUGCUGUUUUGAGGGCACUGACCACCGCGCUGCACUGUAGACUUUCCCACCACACAUUCCAUUGGCCGUGUCUGCUGCUCGAUUCGCUUACCAAGCAAACACUCCUGUUCUGUGAUCCGUUCUCUUGAAUGUAUAUAAAGAUCAGUCGCUUUCAUUUCGCCAACAUUCUCAAAUGGACCUGAAACAUGCAUGUGGCAUGAGCUAAAUGGAACAAACUUUUUUUUUUCCCCUGUUUUGGUCAGUGUUUGAUUUCUAUUAAAUAGAGUAAGACAU